CUCCGGCCUAAGUUGAGUGCGCAACUAAACUUCCUGGGCUGGGGGAGCUGCACGCCUCCAUCCGGCUCCCAUUGCCUAAAUAUACAAGCCAUCCUAGGAGGAGGGGUAGUACGGUGGUGUCAUUCUUUUUGACUGUCUCUCUCUCCUCACCUCAAGUCCCCGAACCAGUAGUGCACCAAGAACCACUCCAUCCAUCUCCAUGGGAGACUCCGGAGGAAGAAGAGGACCACCUCUUCCUCGGCUGCUAGAUCUCAUCCCGGACGGGAAAGAACGGAAGGGGAGGGAAGCGCAAGACGCGGGAAGGUCGAAGAACAGCGGCGGCUUCGGGGGCGAGGAGGACGCGAAGCUGGAGCUCAAGCUCGGGCCUCCGGGUCUCACUCUCGUAGAAGAAGGAACGACAGCUACCGUGCCAAGAGAUGGAGGCGUACUACAGCGAGAGACGACGACCACCCCGACCCUCUCGCUCGGGUGCUUCCCACGUAACCCCUCCAAGCCUGCGGUAGACGCAGCUACAGCUGGGACGAAGAGGGGGUUCUUCGACACCGCCGUCGAGGCCAAGACAGAAGGCCGCGACGAGCGGAUGGAGCAGCAGGCCGGAGCUGGAUGUGGGAACGAGCUAGCACUGGACGAGAAGACGGCAGCCGCGGCCGCGAGUGAGAGACAGAAAGGGUCCUGCUGCCCGCCGACGCCACAGCACGCCCCUCCUGCUGCGACCGUGCACAGCGGAGCACACGUCCUGCAGCUGGGAAGAAGGCCUUCGGCUCCGGUUGUCGGUUGGCCCCCGGUCAGAUCCUUCAGGAGAAACCUUGCUCAUCAUCAUCAUGGAAGCUCCUCCAAACAACCCACCGAGCCACAGAACAGCGAAGCUAGCAGGAAGGAGAAGCCUGCCUGCAAGAAGAACCCUCUCGUAAAAAUCAACAUGGACGGGAUCCCCAUCGGAAGGAAAGUAGACCUUGCAGCCUACGACAGCUACGAGAGGCUAUCACUGGGCGUCAAAGAGCUUUUCCACGGUUUUCUUCAAGCUCAAAAGGAUAUGUCUCCAACUGCUGGAAAGAUAUUCUCUCAAUUGUUGGAUGGAUCUGGCGAAUAUACCCUGGUCUACGAAGACAACGAAGGAGACAGGAUGCUGGUAGGGGACGUGCCGUGGAAUGUGUUUGUGUCAACUGCUAAAAGGCUGAGGGUUUUGAGGAGCUCGGAGCUUGCCAAAGGUUUGGUAGGCACAAGGCCACCUCAGAUUGCGGUAGCUCCGAGAAGAGGACCACCAGAUUGCUGAAAGCCUGAAACAGCGACAAAAUUCUGAUCAUUUGGAAUAUGUUCAAGUUCAUCGGACUUGAAUUCUCAAGUAAUUUUUGCUAGAUAUGCUUUAGCUCACGUGAUGAUCAAUCAUCGAUAGAAGGUUCAGAUCACUGGUAAGGACAGGACAGGACAGAGGAAGGUUCAAUCUUUGAGUACUCAUAAAAACUAUCGAGGUACUCGUAAAACAAGGUUUCAGUAAACUCUAUAUCAAGGAUUCCAGGGUGAGUUCAGAGUACCAUGAAAAGUUUCUGUAAUAACUAUGCUGAAUAUAGAUUAUAGAGUAUAUAUAUGUCUAAAUCUGUUAUGUCAACCACCAUAGCUAAACCAAUACAACUAUGCAAGGAAUGCCACAUUGUUUGUAAAAUCUUAUUUGAACCGGUGGCGGAUGUAAACAGGUAGAGCUAAGCAAUCAUCCAAGCCA